AUGCCAUGUUCUCCUGCCCCUUCAGCUACCAGUGAAGGCUGCCCAAUGGGAGAAGGUUUUCCUUUUGCUAACGCUAGGGAGCCCCUUUGCAAAAAGCAAAAGGGGAAAAGAACCAGAUUCCAGGCCAAGAGCGAUUUGACAGUUAUCAAACAGAAGAAGAAUCGCAGAAUCAAAGCUAAUGACAGAGAAAGGAACCGCAUGCACAACCUAAACUCAGCCUUGGAUGCGCUGAGGAAUGUUCUGCCAACCUUCCCCGAUGAUGCCAAGCUGACCAAGAUUGAGACUCUGAGAUUUGCUCAUAAUUAUAUCUGGGCUUUAUCUGAGACUCUGCGCAUGGCUGAACCUGGCAUCUAUAACCUAGCACACCAGGACAUGGACCUGACAAGCCCUAACAGCAACUGCAGUUCCUCCAGUGACUGGGAGUCUCUCUAUUCCCCAUUGUCUCAGAGUGACAGUCACAGUCCCACACACUCCAUGGAUGAUUUUAUCUCCCAGCCUCUGCCUUGUGCAAGACACUCCACUUCCUUUUCAGAGUUUUUAUAA